AUGGAAGCCGCUCAUGAUGCAUGGCCCGCACCAUCUGGUGCGCAAAAGAACCUUGGGCCAUUAUCUAAGCUGGGUGAAUUGAUCAAGGUAGACCCGGAGAGGGUCAGCGUGAUCAACAUUUAUGCAUAUCAGCAGAUCUCUUUCAUCACUCCAGCAGACCUGUGGAAUGCAUUGGAUGGCAAAGAACAGAUCUUUUUUGUGGACUGUCAAGACAACAAAAUUGCCAAAUGGAUGUUUAAUGGAGCCAUUAAAUGGGAUAUUAAUGACAAUGACGAUUACAAGAACGAAGAAUUCUUCCUUAGACGCAAGGGUUACUCGGGGGGAGAUAAUCUUUUCCCUACUGAUCCGCGCAGGUUGCCCGAUGCGGUUAUCUUCAACUGUGAAGUAGGUGUGAAUCGUUCCCCUAUGAUGGCUUUCUGGUACAUGAGGUAUCUUCUCAAGACUUAUCCAUCAGUUGUCCCUGACAGUCAAAAUGUGAGAGGACUCAAGACCAGGGUGUAUAUUCUGCAAGGCGGUAUUGCGGGUCUCGAAAAGCCUGGGACACCAAAGGGCCUACAGAGCUCAUUAUGCAAACCAUCUACGGAAUCCCAGGCUGGCGGUUCUGGUAGAUCUUUCGCUUCUCCCCCCCAACCCACAAACCAGAAUAACACGAGGCACGUAACAUCUGGGGUGAACAGACCUAAUUGA